AUGGUGACCUCGGCGGGCACCCUGCCCUCCCUCCUGCUGGGAACGCUGCUCACAUUCACCUUCGGGGCCCUGGGGGCCAAUCCCGGCCUGGUCGUCAGGAUCACCGACCGGGGCUUGGAGUACGUGGCCCAAGAGGAGCUGUUGGCCCUGCAGAGUAAGCUGCACAAAGUCACGCUGCCCAACUUUGACGGGGACGUCAGGAUCAAACAUUUCGGCAGAGUGGACUAUGAAUUCCACAGCCUGAACAUUCAGAGCUGUAAGCUGCUCGGCUCUGCCCUGAAGCUCCUCCCCAACCAGGGCCUGCAUUUCUCUAUCUCCGACUCCUUCAUCCAGGUCACAGGCGACUGGAAGGUGCGCAAGAGGAUACUGAGACUAAAAGGCUCCUUUGACGUGAAGGUCAAAGGCAUCACCAUUUCAGUGAAUCUUCUCUUGGACAGUGAGCCCUCUGGGAGACCCAAAAUCGCUGUCUCCAGCUGCAGCAGCCACAUCCAUGACGUGGAGGUGCACAUGUCAGGAGAUUUGGGGUGGCUGCUGAAUCUCUUCCAUAACCAGAUCGAGUCCAAGUUCCGCAGGGUCUUGGAGAGCAAGAUUUGCGAAAUUAUUCAGGACUCAGUGACCUCUGAGCUACAGCCUUAUCUCCAAACUCUGCCAGUCACAACAAAGAUUGACCAUCUGGCUGGCCUUGAUUACAGCUUAAUGGGGGCCCCUCAAGCAACAGCCCAAAUGCUGGAUGUGAUGUUCAAGGGAGAAAUUUUUAGCCUAGAGGACCGCUUCCCAGUUGCUUUCCUUGCUCCUGUCAUGAACCUUCCCGAGGAACACAGCCGAAUGGUCUACUUUGCCAUCUCUGAUUAUGCCUUCAACACCGCCAGCCUAGUUUAUCAUAAAGCAGGAUUCCUGAACUUUACUAUCACGGAUGACAUGGUUCCACCUGAUUCUACCAUUCGACUGAACACCAAGUCCUUCCGCGCCUUUGUUCCCAGGAUAGCCAGACUGUACCCCAACACGAACUUGGAGCUCCAGGGAGCAGUGAUCUCUGCCCCAUGCCUGAACUUCAGCCCUGGGAAUCUGUCCACAGCCGCCCAGAUGGAGAUCGAGGCCUUUGUGCUCCUGCCCAACUCCGUCAAGGAGCCUGUCUUCCGGCUCGGUGUGGCCACUAAUGUGUCUGCCAUGUUGACCUUCAACACCAGCAAGAUCACUGGAUUCUUGGAGCCAGGAAAGAUACAAGUGGAACUGAAAGAAUCUAAAGUUGGACUAUUCAGUGCGGAGCUGUUGGAGGCACUGCUCAAUUACUACCUUCGCAACAAUUUUUACCCCAAGGUCAAUGAUAAGUUGGCAGAAGGCUUUCCCCUCCCUCUGCUAAAGAGAAUUCAGCUCUACGACCCCAUUCUCCAGAUCCACAAGGACUUCCUGUUUUUGGGGACCAACGUGCGGUACCUGAGAGUUUGA